UUAAAAAAAAAUCUAAGUGUUUUUAGCUAUCGAAAGAUGCAAAAUUUGGUCAUUCAUCACAGACCACCAGUGAUUUCAAGAGGGAAACAUCCCUUGUUGGUUCUUGUGGAUUCAUUUCCAUCUUUUCACAGCGUUUCAAGAGCACCCACUUCUCCUUCAUUGCAAUGUAGAAAAAUAUCGAGAUUGAGUUCAACGUGCAGCGCAUUCAGAACACGAGCAUCCAAUGUGGGUUUUGGAUCUGGGGGCUAUGAAGAGAGGAAGGAAAAUGAGGACCAUAAAAGUAUUGCAAAGGUCCCGGGGAGUGACAGUUCAUCAGAAGCGGUGAAGCCUUUGAGUCAAAUUCCUUACCCUCUCUCCAUUGCUUUUGUGCUAUUGGGGUGUACUUUAGUGUUAUCACUAAUUGCCUUCGCAAAAGGUGGACCUUCAUCUCUCUUAGCAGCAAUAGCGAAGUCGGGAUUCACUGCUGCCUUCACAUUAAUCUUUGUUUCCGAAAUUGGAGACAAGACGUUUUUUAUUGCCGCACUAUUGGCUAUGCAAUACGAGAAAGGACUGGUUCUGUUGGGGUCAAUGGGUGCUCUUUCUCUUAUGACAGUCUUGUCUGUAAUAAUUGGACGGAUCUUUCAGUCGGUCCCUGCUCAAUUUCAAACCACCUUGCCAAUCGGAGAAUAUGCAGCGAUAGCUCUUCUUGUGUUCUUCGGUUUAAAGUCCAUAAAAGAUGCAUGGAACCUUCCGCCAGCAGUGGCAAAGAAAGGUGCCGAGAGAGGCCCUGAACUUGAUGAGUUUGCGGAAGCUGAGGAACUUGUGAAAGAACAGGCAUCAAAAAAGCUCACAAAUCCACUUGAAAUUCUCUGGAAGUCGUUCAGCCUUGUAUUCUUCGCCGAAUGGGGAGAUCGUUCAAUGCUUGCUACUAUCGCACUAGGCGCUGCGCAGUCACCAUGGGGUGUGGCAAGUGGAGCCAUUGCAGGACACCUACUUGCAACAUCGAUUGCAAUCGUGGGAGGAGCACUUCUUGCCAACUAUAUUUCUGAGAAACUGGUAUGGUCGGAAAAUAUUCAGAUACCUGCUUUUCAACUUAAUAUGAUGCAAUCGCCAUAUGUUCGAUCAGGUUGGUUAUUUGGGGGGAGUGCUCUUUCUCGUUUUUGCGGUGGCAACAUUUUUUGGGGUUUUCUAAUUGAUUAUACGAAGCGUAUAGAGAAACUCGGGCUAGUUUCCGGCACAAUCGAUGCAAUACAAUGCAACUGCUGGACAUGAAAUUUAUCAUUGCAGAAAACGAUGAGGGGGAAAUGUGUUGCAGUGGGGUUAUUAAGAGGCUGCCAUCUUAGUUCUUUGAAGCAUCCUUGGAACAAUUG